AUGCAUGUCUUUGUGCUGUCAACGCUUCUGCUGGCCUCCUUGGCCGCCAGCCAGACCACACUGGAUGCCAGUGGCGCAGCCGUCGACAGACACAGAUCGGGAGACGCUCGCCGGAUCUACGAGGAGCAUCCCUACUACGGCGGCCUGCGGGGCCAACUCCUGCAGCUGCGUCCCCAGCGGGAUGGCAGUCUCGGGAGCUACAUCCUGCAGCGCCAGCAGCCGCAGCCACAGCUGAGGGCUGUUCCCCGCGAAGCGGAUGACACCAUCACCAUCUCGGCGGCCAGCAUCACGGCCACCGCCGAUGGCAGCGGCUCAAGCUCCUCCAGCAGCUCGAUCUCGGCCAGCGCCAGUGACUUUAACAGAAUCCAGCUGGCAGCCGCCCGUCUAGUGGCCAUUCAGGAGAUGGCCAAGCGGAAGGGAUCCUUCAGCGCAGAGGACAAUCAGAUCUAUGCCAGCAGUCUCCUAGAACUAGGACAGGCCGCCCAGAGCCUGGCUCUCCUGCAGCAGACGGGCCAGAUCAAGGACUUCAGUGUGCUCCUGCAGCCGGAGCUGUUUGCCAUCCCACAGAAGCAGCCAUCCAACUUUGGCCUGGAGGCCGGCAACAAUCCAGCAGACCAAAAGAUCGAUGAACAGAAGCUGGACGAGGUCACGGAGCAGCAGUUCUCGCCCGACGAUUUCCUGCCGCCCAACAGCGAGGAUCCCUACGAGGAUGUCAACGACAGUGUCUCCGUAAUGGCCCCCAAGAAGGAUGCGGCCGUGGCCGAGGCCAAGCCAGUGGGUCUAUCCAUUGCCGGCGAGGGUGGUGUGGCCUCCUCCAAGCCCAAUGCCGUGGCACUCUCCGGUCGGAAUGGCCUGGCUGUGGCCUCCCCCAAGGCCACUGCCAUUGCUGGCGUCUCACCCGAAGAGGCUGCUGCCUUCAGCAUCUCCCUGCCGACCCGCAACCAGCUGGUGAUCAAAACUCCCAACUCUGCCGCCGAAAAGGCCAGCGAUGACUACGACUACAAUGAUGGGCCUCUGACCGUCGCCCGUUUCCCCCUGACCCGGGAGACGCCGCUUGUUCCGGUUCGCAUCUCCGGCGCCGACUCGCUGGUGGACAAAUGGCGCACAGCCAUUGCCGAGGAUUACGCCGCCCGUCAGGCCCAGGCCCAGGCCCAGGUCUUGGCAGCCAUGGGCCAUGGCGCGUCCAAACCCAUCGUUCGCACGGCCCCCAAGCGUCGUCUGCACUACGAAUAG